CCGACCUACUAUACUUUGUCAGUCUACGUUGACAUAAAUGGAUUCAUUGUGUUGAAAUUUAAACCGCAGAUUUGAAAAUGACGAAUGACUUUCGGUCCACCAUCUUGUGUAAUAAUAGACAUUUCGGCGGAACUGUACGAGUGGUGAUGUAGUGAUUAACGAAAUUAAUCGCUGUAUCGUUACCGUAACAAAAUAAACAUGCCUAUGCCUACAGUUUGUUACAAUUUACGACGCGAGCAUAUCGCCAUAAAAACGAUGUCAGGGUUGGGUUUUGCAACAUCAAUGAAAGCGACGACUUUCUAGUUGAGCAUGCGUUGGUGAGAACUGUACCUUCAAAUAACCAGAUGUGUAUAAAUUUAUUAUGUGCUUACGUUCGUGAAUAUAUCUGUCAAAAUGGGGGUGAAUUUCUUAUUGUGGCACUGGGAUCGUCAAUAAAAAGUUCGGCUUAGUGUUAAGUGUAAAAAGGACUGGAUCCUAAGGUAUGGAGGUAACGGAAUUAUUAUUGCUUCGUGCUCGUGCCCAACAAUAGACGGGGGCGGGUGGACAUAAAGAAUAAAAUACAUGGAGGACAUCAGGGUUAAACCGCGGAUACGUUCGAACUCCGCGAGGGUUUUGCUUUUUGACGAACCCGUCGAUUCUGCAUCCCGUUCGAAAUGCCCGUCUUCAGAAGCAGUUUUAAAUACCCAUCCCGCAAAUGUCACACAAUUAGAUCCGGUGUCCAGUAAUCUAGUGCGUAUCCGAGGAUCGGCCUUAGGAAAAUCAGCUCCUUCACUAUCAGCUACGAUGAAGGAUAUAAGCAUCGGACGACGUAAUAGUCGGCCUGCUGCAGUUCAUCGUCUCAGUUUUGUGUCAAAUACUUCACCUACUUUACCUCGCUCACACUCUCCAAAUUGCGGAAGUCCUAUUGAUAGUCCGCGAACGCACGCUAGUUUCCUAAACUUUGGAUUUGCACCUAUCAAACGAAUUGCCGGAAGUAGAGGGGACGGACGAAGAUGGUCGGUUGCUUCUUUACCGUCCUCCGGAUACGGAACCACACCUGGAAGUUCGAACAUGUCGUCCAAAUGUUCCAGUCAGGAACGAUUACACCAACUUCCUCACGCUCCAACAUCUGAUGACAUGCGAAUGUUAACUCACCACUUUUCAAGCAACGAGAGUAAUGCUUCGAUUCCGUGUGGAAGCUGUGAUGAAAAUCUAAUUAGUAUGAGAUCUCCUUUGCAUAGACCACGUUCACGUAGCCUUAGUAGUCCCAGUCGCUCACCCGUCGUAGAUAAUGAAAUUUCGAUGAUGAAUACUUUAUACAAGGAACGCUUUCCGAAGGCGACCAGACAGAUGGAGGAUCGGCUCUCAAACUUCAUUGAGGAAAAUCGAAGUUUCGGAGUAGGGGAAACCUGUGAUUCCUUACCGAUCGUACGGUUUGUCCACCACCAAGUCUUGGAAAUGGCGCGCGAUUGCUUGCACAAAUCUCAGGCGAAAUUGAUUACUAGUCGUUAUUUUUAUGAAAUGUCGGAGAAUUUGGAAAGACUAUUGCAAGAGACGAAAGAAAAAUCUGAAGAGGCAGCUGCCCAACUAAUGGGCGUAAUAAAAAAGUUACUGUUAAUAAUAUCUCGACCAGCACGUCUAUUGGAGUGCCUUGAAUUUGAUCCUGAAGAAUUUUAUCACUUUCUCGAAGCUGCCGAAGAUCAUGUAAAAUGUUUGCAAGGUAUCAAAGCAGACUUACCUCAAUAUAUAAUACAAAAGUUGGGUUUGAACAGAGAUCCAAUUGCCGAAUUGCAGCAAGAGCUGCGCGACUGUAAUUUACCGUCCAUUAAUCCGACAUCGCAACUUUGUAUACCUACGACUUCGACGUGCAAAAAAUGGGCAACGAACCCUAACGAACAAGAUUUUGAAGUUCUUAAGUUAAUUUCGAAUGGGGCGUACGGUGCUGUAUAUUUAGUAAAACAUAAGCAAACGAGACAGCGUUUCGCUAUGAAAAAAAUUAAUAAGAAUAAUUUAAUGCUCCGUAAUCAAGUUGAGCAGGCUUUUGCCGAACGAGAUAUAUUAAGUUUUGCGGAUAAUCCUUUUGUAGUGAGUAUGUACUGUAGUUUAGAAACGAAGAAGCACCUGUGUUUGGUUAUGGAGUACGUUGAAGGAGGGGAUUGCGCCAGUUUGAUCAAGAAUAUUGGUCCAUUGCCAGCGGAUAUGGCCAGAUUUUACUUUGCCGAAACAGUUCUUGCUGUGGAGUAUCUGCACAGCUACGGAAUUGUUCACAGGGAUCUAAAACCUGAUAAUUUGCUCAUCACCGCUUUAGGUCACAUUAAGUUAACAGAUUUUGGUUUAAGUAAAAUGGGAUUGAUGUCAUUGGCGACCAAUUUAUAUGAGGGGUAUAUUGAUUGUGAAACGCGCCAAUUUUCCGACAAACAGGUCUUUGGCACGCCGGAAUACAUAGCUCCGGAAGUGAUACUGAGGCAAGGAUACGGAAAACCGGUUGACUGGUGGUCGAUGGGUAUUAUUUUGUACGAAUUUCUCAUUGGAUGCGUGCCAUUUUUUGGUGAGACUCCUGAAGAAUUGUUUGCUCAUACAGUAAAUGACGACAUUGAAUGGCCGGAUUCUGAUGAUUGGCAAAUACAGGAUGAAGCUAAAGAUCUCAUCACUGUGUUGUUACAACAUUCUCCUCGCGACAGAUUGGGUACAGGUGGCGCUCACGAAGUAAAAGAGCAUGUGUAUUUCAAAACCGUCGAUUGGAACUCCCUUUUGAGGCAUAAAGCGGAAUUCGUCCCUCAGCUAGAAAACGACGAAGAUACCAGCUACUUUGAUACCCGCGUUGAUCGCUAUAAUCACGACUUGGGAGAUGAUACAGAUGAUACUGACGAUUCUCCAGUAUUUGGCUUGUUUUCGUCAUGUUCACCACAAUAUCGUAAAGUGCAAGGUUCGCGUUUGGGUACAAGUAUUGAUCAAGAACAAUCGUCUGAAGCUGUACGAAUCACAACGUCUGUCGCCACCACUCCAGAUACUCCUGAAAUUCCAGAUUUCAGAAUGCGGUUGAGAUGUGGUUUGUUAACGCCAGAUAAAGAUUAUUCAGAUAUUUUACCACUGGAUCACAGAAAGAUAUCGUUGGAUCUUAACAAAACUGUGAGUACACCCGAGUCAUCUCAAACUGACAGUGACGAUGUCUCACCGCAAAUUCAGAGGAAACGGAAAAGCGGCCACGCGCGUGACAUUUUACCGCGCUUUUCAAUUUCAGUUGAAGAUGAGCACAGCAGUAUUGAAACGGGCACGUCCUCAUCUGAAAAUAAUCGCGAAUUAUCACCCGUUAGUCGAAAUCAACCUCCAGUGGCACCACCAAAUAAACAUCGUUCUCGGUCUGUUGUGAAAAGCGCAUCUGCAUCAGGUUUAUCUUUAAUGAUACCCGCAAACGAUGAUUUCCAAACUCCUACUCCUGGCAUUCACUCGCCAGGAGGCGGAGGGGGUUCGAGUACGGCGAGUUCGCGAGACACCUCCCCGUGCAGGGAACUCUCACCCCUUGUUACCAGUCUCAAACCGCCUGUGAUAAUUCGAAGAGGUCCGAAAGGAUUCGGUUUUACAGUUCAUACGAUUCGAGUCUAUUAUGGCGACACGGAUUUCUAUACCAUGCAUCAUUUAGUUAUGGCUGUAGAUGAAGGGAGUCCCGCGUUUGAAGCAGGUUUAAGACCUGCAGAUUUAAUAACGCACGUAAAUGGGGAAGCUGUACAAGGCUUGUAUCACACACAAGUGUUGCAACUCUUGCUUUCUGGCGUCGAGCAUGUCAGUUUAAGAGCCACUCCUUUGGAACACACUUCGAUUCAAAGCGGAGGGCGCAAAAGGGAACCGGGGCAGAGCAAGCUGGCACGAAGGAGCUUGCAUAGACAGAGGAAGCAGAAAAGAGAAAAUGACAAAAGAAGGAAAACAUCUUUAUUCCGAAGAAUUAGUAACAAGAGAGCGAGUGCAGAGAUUCAACAGAUGGCAGCUGGUGUCCAAUCACCAUUGAGCGUUACUCCCAGCCGCAGCUUUCAGUCGUUCACAAGAAAUCCAGAUAGCAGUUCCUCUCUUUCCCAAACUUCAAUACGCACAUCCGUCUCGAAUCGUACUAGUCUUUCUCCAUCAGAUUCCUUUAGCCAACACUCUUCCAGUUCCUCAUCUCAAAGCUCGUCCUCAGCUUCUCCCAGCCCCACUCAAAUUACAAACAACCGUAACAACAAACAACAUUAUCAACGUCCAUCCACUCUGCAUGGUCUAAAACAUAAACUGCAUUCGACUGGUUGCACAAAAACGUUACAUUCGGCUAGUCCUUCAUGUCCAAAUGUUCCAAACCGACGUAAGUCUGUCGGUCACAUUCCGUUAUCUCCUUUAGCAAGAACACCUUCGCCUUCACCACUGCCAGCGUCCCCUACUAGAUCUCCAAGUCCUCUAGCAUUUCCGAUAGGUCACCAACCAGGUAGCUCAAAUACAACGCAAUCGUAUAGUCCCAGUGCUGGCAACACACCUAUUACAAUGGCGUCGAACCAAGCAAAAAAAGGAUUUGUGAGACCUAAGGCUGCCGAACCAGGAUCUCCUUUGUUACGUAGAGCACUCUCGCCUGAUCGCCUCCAUCCUCGCAGCGCAGAAAGUAAAUGCGCGCUCAUAUCUCCUUUAUGUUCAUCUAGUAAAUCGCCGGUAGUUAAAACGCAAACUCGCGGCGGCAGUAGCGCAGUAUGGAGAUCUGCCUCGCAACCGGAACGUGACAAGGAUGCAGAGCUUGAGUCGUCCGUUCCGUCGAGCAACGAAAUUGUUAGCAGUAGUAAUAGUGCAUCCGAAAAUCGGUUAUCGCUGAACUUAUCUAGCACCAGUGAGCCCCUUCCACGAAUUGCAGAGGAGAAGGAUUCACCUACAAACAGCGCUCAAGAGUGUAAUAAGUCUGGGCAACUGAAUGAUAAAAGUUGCGUUAAUCCAAAAGGAAGUGAUGGAAAUACAGAAUGUCUCAAAGGCAAAUCCUUAGGUGCUAAGGAUAAUAAAUGUGGUAGUAAACUUCCACAAAAAUAAUAGUAAGACCAUGAACCAGAGGUUGGUUGUGCUUUAUAGAAUUAAAGAGUUGUAUUAUUUUUGAUGCAAUAUUUAUUUUAGCGGUGGGCAAUAUUAAGUUUAGAUAUAAUGAUUGUAAUAUAAUGUGAUUAAUGAAG